GACAGUGACAGUGUGACUCUGAGUCUGAGCAAAGCUAGAGAGAGAGAGAGAGAGAGAGAGAGAGAGAGAGAGAGAUGGCGUCAUGGUGUGCUGCAAGGUGCUUCCAUACUCCGGCGAUGGAUGUCGGCGUUUUGCGCCGCCGAGCUUCAUGGGCCGCCGGAAUAGGCGGAGCCUCGGUGGUUGGCACGGCUUUGUGGCGUUCAUCUUUGUCUAAGCGCUCUGUGCCAUUCGCUUGCUUGAACCUCUCCACUAAUACCGGGAUCAAGGAAGCUGUUCAGACUGAAAAGGCCCCAGCGGCGUUGGGGCCAUAUUCUCAAGCAAUCAAAGGCAACAACCUUUUGUUCGUGUCAGGUGUUCUUGGUCUUGUUCCUGAGACGGGGAAGUUCAUCUCUGAUAAUAUUGAAGAUCAGACAGAACAACUUCUCAAAAACAUGGGGGAGAUCCUAAAAGCUGGGGGUGCCAGCUACUCGUCAGUUGUUAAGACCACAAUUUUGUUGGCUGACUUGAAGGACUUCAAGAAAGUUAAUGAGAUCUAUGCUAAAUACUUUCCUUCACCUGCCCCAGCUCGUUCAACAUAUCAAGUAGCUGCCUUGCCAUUGGAUGCCAAGAUUGAAAUUGAGUGCAUAGCAGCACUAUGAUCACCACUUCCAAUAGUAUUAUAAAUGUUUCUUCAGCAAGCUCGGGUUAAUAAUGCAGAAGUGACAUAUCCUAGCAUUGGAGUUUUACUUUGUUUUGUUUCCCCUUGGAUAAUAAUGCUCUUGUUAUUGCAAACAGUCUACAAAUACAUCAUGAAGGACUCUAAAUCUCAGAUUCUCUCUUAAGAUUAUGUCCUCAUUAAAACUGAAAGAAAUAAAGUAAGAGAAAGCAUUCUAGUUUGCCAUUUUUUCUGCUGUGUCACU